AUGGCUUGGCCGUGCAUAAGCAGAGUGUGCUGUCUGGCUCGGUUCUGGAACCAGUUUGAUAAAUCCGAUCUUUCAGUGCCACUGACCAUACAGAACUAUUCGGAGAUCACCGACCAAGAGGUACAAUCCGUCACCAGGCAGGUACCGACGGACCGGGUUCUGAGGCACAACUAUUCCACCCCGGAACACCGCGGAUCCCCCCAGACACCGGGAGAUGCCCCGGGGACCCAGAGGUCAUUGAGGGGCCGGAGGGAGCCCAACUUCAAACCCCAGGUUGACUACCACCAACCCGGUGUGCCUUUCUCCAGUGUCACCCAGUACACGCAGGAUUACAAACCCUGGCCUAUUCCGAAGAAGGAGAAUUUCCCCUGGAUUAGCAAUGGCGGAAAAGGGGGCGACGUUGGUUCGGAUAGCCCGGUAAACAGUAACCCCAAUGCGAGCCAGACGAGAGGGGACAUAGGGGAGAGGGAGAGAGAGGAGCGGGGCAGACAGAGGUGGGGGGAGCCGGGGACGGUAACAGCUAAAAGCUCUUACAGGUAGGUUCCAUCACUCUGACGCUGUCCUUUCAGAACCACUCUGUUUCUUUCAUUUCAGCACCUAGAGCUUUUCACUCACUAAAAAAACUAUUGAUAACCCAUUGCGCUCUAACCUAACGAUUCCAUGAGUCUGCUUCAAAUUUGCUUUAAUUUCUUAGCUAAUGAUGCGCUCUCUGAAAUUCAUUAAAUCAUUUGGUUGGAUUAUGUACAGUGGGCCAUUGGCCCAAAUCUAAUCUGCAGUAUACAUAAUCAUGUAAUACCUUUUCAAAGGAAAUUGCUAUGCGAAAUAAAUUGUAUAUAUUAUGUGUCAUGCUACAGAAAUAAUCAGUAGAUUUUAUCUGUAAAGUAGGCUGCUGCUGAAGUAGAAACACAGCAAAACGCUUUCAAUUAUUCACAAACUCACACACUUUUUAACCCCCCCAUGUUGAAUAUUUUUUUUAUUUUAAGUCCAUCAUUAAAAACCAAAUUGAAGCUAUUCUGCCUGAGAUCCUGAUUUAAUGAUAAUCCAAUGCUGCAGCUAACUUUUGAUAAUACUGUUAACAGAACCCACCUGGGCCCCUCUACCCCCUCUGCUGUAGCCCCAAUCGAUGUUGUUACCAUUUAUCAAUGAUAAGCCUAUGUCAUUAGGGCUUACCUUGCUCUCUGAUUGGUUCGUUCAUGCUUUGGUUGGUUCGAUUUACACAACAAUACAGAAUUUGCUAAAUAGCCUACAGUAUAAAGAGCAUAAAGCCAAUGGAAAAACGUUUGCAGUGUUUGUAAAAUAAAAAUAAUUUUGCAGACCGCGAGAGCUCUCUCUUACCCUUCCAUCCUCUCAUCCUUGUAGACAGGAGUACAGGCCUUGGACGGGGGCAAGACCAGCCAAGACCACCAGGCAACAACGCCCCCCUGCCCCGUAUGCCAGUCCCGGGUCGGGGGUUUCCCACCUCCCUAAUGAGACCAGCUACCAAGCCGCCUACAAUGGAGGCGGGGAGGCUUUCAGACACACAGAGCUUCACCAGAGGGACCAUACUCCCAGCACCUCCACUGCUGGCCUGCUGACCACCACCUCCAUCUCCACCGUCCCCCAAAACACCGUAACCCCACUCCAGCCCUACUCCAUUGCCACUACCACCCCUAUCACCACCACCACCGGCCUCCAGCAGAGCAGCCUGCCAGAGAGACCCGACCUCAGUAUAGGGACCAUGGGAGAGGUGAGACAGCGGACUCCUGUUUUUGUGUUUCCCAGUGUGUUUCAGGGCAUAAAUCCUGUUUUUAAAUGUUUUUAAAAUGGGCCGUAUCCUUGAUAUGAGCAAAGUCUUAGUGGUAGGAUCUCGUCCUAUAGAAGUCAUUGUACACAUUUCUGAUCUCUCCCUAUUCCUUAGAUAGUACUAUUUCUGGCUAAAGGCAAAGCCACUUAAAAGACAGACACUGAAUGGGGAAUAUAGGGUAAAGGUAUGGUUUGGGAUAUAGCCAUUAUUCCAGCCAGGUACCAGGUGUUCCCAGUGGUGCUGAGGCAUCUCUAAGAGCAUCCCAUUAUCAGCCUGAAAACGUCAUCCUGACACGUUUUUGCAAAAAGGUAAAAUGGCACAGUAGCUAAUGUUUUUCUCAAUACAUUGCAGUCAAUGGGGAAAAAUUAGGUGAUACAGCAUCCUGUCCUGUCCUGUCCUAAAGCUGCUCAAAGUGACCCAGCUGUUUCGGAUGAUUAUGUAACACCAGAAAACUGCCAGGCUUAUGACAUUGACCUGGUUAGAGCAGGCAUUACAUGAGGAGAAAAGAAAGUCAAUAAUAUUCAGACAUCUGGCCAAUUGGAUUUGGAGACUCAAUCACUGAGAUGUUGUGUCAAAGUGGGUUCAGGUGUGGUGAGAGGGCAGUAGGGAGGGAGGGAGUGGGGGAGACAGAGACAGAGAUACAGAUAGACAGAGAAAGAAAGAGCAGUACUGUAACUCCUGUUUUGAUCCCUGCGUGACAGGGAGUGGAACUCUUUGGGGAAUCUCCAGGGGUUUAGUGUGACCCCCCCCUCCCCCACCCACGCUCCUCUGUGCCAUCUGCCAGCGGAGAGUAGGAGAGAACGGGCCGGGCUGGUCUGGACAUACUCGGCUUUCCGCUUUCACUCAUUGUCAUCUAUGCCAGAGAGAUUGUCACAGAUUAGAGAAAGAAGAAACUCCUGCACACUGCUUGCUAGGAAUGUUUCAGUUGUCAAUUUAAUAGCAAGUUGAAAUAAACAUAUAUUUUUGGCCAUUCACAUGAGAGAACAUGUUUUAGCCUCCAAGUUAGAUGUAGAAUGCCAGUGUAUAGUCAGUCUAAGCAAGAUGUUGUAGCAGUAGCGUAGCCAGAAUUGUUUUGUUGGAUGGGCCUGCAGAAAACAGCUAACUUCCUGCAAUUUUAUACAUUUUGCCAUGGGGCAAAGAUAAACAUUUGCAAUUGUAUAGCUAAUUUCCUGCAAUUCUACACAUUUUGCCAUGGGGCAGAGAGGAAAAUGUGCAGGUUUAUAAAUAAUCUCAUGCUAUGCUACACAUUUUGCGAUGAGGCUGAGAGAACAUUUAGCAUUUUGAAUGCUAAUUAAAGCUGUAAGGGUUGGUGUGAGGUGUGACCCAGAUGGGGUGCAGGAUAGACAGUAGGCAGUAGGCAGAGAUAGCAAAACAAGGAUCUUUACUGAUGGUCCCGAAGCCAGGAUACAAAAUAACGGACUUUACACGAAAAAGAAAAGCGGAGCAAAUAAGACUCCAAAAAACAGGCUGACAGUCAAAAUACGAAAUACUAACUGAACACUUCUCACGUACCUGUCCAUACGUCCCGUGAUCAGACACUGAGUAGUACUGCUAGGCAUAGUGAAACUAGCAGAGGAAACUGAGCAAGGGAACUCAGGGAAGUGAGGGCAUAAAUACACAGGUGAACAGGUAGUCACAGGUGACACCAAUAGGGUACUGAUUAGUCCAGACUGUGAGUGAGGAGGUGCCUAAGGUUGUCGGAGGAUGACACCUAGUGGGUCGUUCCGGAACUGCGACCCCCUCCUGUAACAUAAAGCUAAAAUAUAGGUGUGUUGACAGUGAUAAAGGUACUGGAUUAUGAGCUGUUUUAUUUGCUAAAUGAACAAAUUAAGUGGGCAGUGGCAUGGUGCAUAUAGCCAUAGAAGCACAGUGACAUACGCCUCAAUGCGGUCAUAUUCGUGGCUUAUUGGGGGUGUGGCAUUCAGUCAGUUAUUUUUGGCCACCCAUCCCAUGAGUGAAUGUCAUUCCAGCUUGCUACUAAUUCUAUCUGAUGGCAUUUGCAUGUUUAGGCAAAAAGACAAAAAGUGUCCCGUUUGGAACACUGACAAGUAGAGAGCAUCAAAAUAAAAUAAAAUAACUUUUUUUCCUGCUCAAUCUGAUUGGGUGGGCCUGUGCCUACAUGACUGUGUUGUAGAAGGCCAGUCCAACAGCGUUUGACAGGCCACAGGAUUUAAUAUGAGACAUGUCAUCUGUAGGUCAUAGUCUAUUAAUAACCAUGGCCCAAAAACCAGGGUUAGAUGUGUGUGUGUUCAGGGUGUAUGCAAGGAAAGGUACAACACUACAGUAGGCUACUAUGUAAGAGCUGUUGUAAAGAUUGGGUGGAAAGGAUCUAACCCCAUCUCCUGCCCCGAAAAUUAGACAUCAGAUACCAACUACAGGCUAUGGUCAUCGUAUUGGACCCUCUCUCUGUACACCCCCUAACCCAUCAAUCAACUUCUACUUCAGUAAUACCUCCCCUCUACCCCCAAACAACAACCUAGUGCUCCAUCGUUUUUAUCAGUCACCGAGCAAUCUGCCAACAUGACGUAAAAGCAAUGGGAUCUAUAUUAAACAAUCCAGUCCAGUUCCAGCCUCCACAUACUGCCAACUCAUUAUUGACGCCCCCACCCACUGAGCUCUCUGACCAAGCACUCCAAACACCCACACACACACCCACAUCCACACACACACAACACUCAGGAUAUUGUCCAUCGACAUGAUGAGUCAAUGGAAACAUUUUCCAUUAGGAAGGUCAUGGAUAGACAAAAGCACAGCUGGGAAACAUUUGCCCGGGGAUGCGGGCAACACUAGCGCAUAGUACACAGAGCCAUGCAUACAGGUAGUAAGUAGUUAUUACCAUUACAGUAUGUGCUGAUAAACCUCUGAGAAGUUCAUCCGCUUUCAUAGCAUUCACCCAUCCAUCAAGGGAAUUAAUACUGUAGUCCUCCUUAUGCUUUUGGAACCAAAAUCAAUAAACAUGAUUAUGAGAGGGAGUGAGUGAUUAAAAAUGUAUUUAUAUUUUUUUCAAAUUAGCCGUACCCUUACAGUUAAGAAAGAUGCUUAAGCAGUCUACAAGCCAUUUAUUUCUGAAACAGCUUUCUGAGUGCUCCCUGAAUGAUGGUAAACAUUUAGGCAUAACAUUCUGUAGUUCCAUCAAUGCGUCUACUGAGAGUGUUUCCUCCCAUGAGACAUUAAGAACCUUGUUUUAGCACAGCUGGAGGACAUUGCCUGAGCUUUUAAAUGUGAUAUAAAGAUUUUUUUUGCUUUGUACUAAAACAGAUAAACAGGGGAGGAAUGGGGAUGUGGUUUACAAUGGGCUAGAACUGCAUAAAGAGAGGAUCAAACUGUGCAGACACAAAGCAUCCUGCAAAUCACCUCCCUUUGCACCCCUUUCCUCACUCUCAUCCUCUCUCCUUUCAUCUUCCCUCCAGUCCCUCUCCUCUUUUUUCUCUUUCUCUCUUGUUUCCCUGUUCGGUUGAAUUUGAACUUUUCCCACGAUGUGUCUGACUACAGCCACUGUCAUGAGCCAAACCAGCAGGGUUCUAUCAAGACCGAGAGAGUGAGUGAUGGAAAGGGUGAGAGGAAGAGAGAGCGAUAAAGUGAGCAAUAAUGGAUUAUUUUGCCAUUUUGCCAGUGUGAUGCGAUGCAGUGGCUUGCAGUCAUUUCAGCGUGAAUCUCAUUUAGGAGAGAGGCAGACCUGGCUGCUGUACUGAGAGUGUGUGUUGGAGGAGGUGAACAAACCCACAUAUACACACAAACACAUAGGCAAACAGACUGAAGCACACACAAACUUUUUUUUCGACGCUGCAGUUUGACAGAUUUAAUGUACAGACACAGCCUCACAUCCAGCAAAUACAGUAGUAGUCAUAUCCUAUUUUUCAUUGGCCGAAGAGACUGCUACUGAGACUACAGACCUACGACUUAGAAAAUCACACUUUGAUUUCAAGUCGAACUCUGCCAAACAAACCUUCCAUUGUACCACUACUAAUCAACUGCAUUGGAACAGGCAGAUCCAUAUCUAAUCAUCAUAUCAAGCCUAGAACAUGUUACUUGAUGGAUGCAGCAUGCAAACUUCAUUUCAGGGUUGAGUGAAAUUCCAUUCACGUAGGUUCCGGCUGAAUGUUCUUUCAGAAAGUCUAGCAUCAGCAGCAUUUGCAGUGAUUAAUUCUGUCUACUAGUCCACUGAUGCACUAUGACUGCACAACCAAACAAGUCACCUCUCAUAUUAUCAUACAAUAUUGGCCAGUUUAUUAGGUACACCCAUCUAGUACCGGUCGGACCCCCCUUUGCCUCCAGAACAGCUUGAAUUGUUCGGGGGAUGGAUUCUACAAGGUGUGGGGUUCAAACAUUGCUCAAUUGGUAUCAAGGGACCUAACGUGUGCCAGGAAAACAUUCCCCACACCAUUACACCACCUCCACCAGCCUGUACAGUUGACACCAGUCAGAAUGGGGCCAUGGAGUCAUGCUGUUUACGCCAAAUCCUGACUCUUCCAUCAGCAUGACGCAACAGGAACCGGGAUUCGUCGGACCAGGCAAUGUUUUUCCACUCCUCAACUGUCCAGUGUUGGUGAUCGCGUGCCCACUGGAGCCGCUUCUUCUUGUUUUUAGUUAAUAGGAGUGGAACCGGAGUGGUCGUCUGCUGCAAUAGCCCAUCCGUGACAAGGACCGACGAGUUGUGUGUUCCGAGAUGCCGUUCUGCACACCACUGUUGUAAUGCGCCAUUAUUUGCCUUUUUGUGGCCCGUCUGUUAGCUUGCACGAUUCUUGCCAUUCUCCUUCGACCUCUCUCAUCAAUGAGCUGUUUUCGCCCACAGGACUGCCGCUGACUGGAUGUUUUUGUUGGUCGCCCCAUUCGCUGUAAACCCUAAACACAGUCGUGCGGGAAAAGCCCAGGAGGCCGGCCGUUUCUGAGAUACUGGAACCGGUGCGCCUGGCACCGACGAUCAUACCACGCUCAAAUUUGCUUUGGUAAUUCGUUUUGCCUAUUCUAACGUUCAAUCAAAGAGUAACUGAAUGCCUCUAUGCCUGUCUGCCUGCUUUAUAUAGCAAGCCACGGCCACGUGACUCAGUGUCUGUAGGAGCGAACAAUUUUCGUGAACGGGGUGGUGUACCUAAUAAACUGUGUAUAUCAUACAGUCAUGAAAAAGUAAGUACACCCCCUGGAAAGUGGUCUUUUCUUUAAUUUAUUUUUGGACAUGGAUAUUUGAUCUAAAUUCCCACCACAUUCAUUGAUAAAGGUAACCCAAAUUAACAAAUCACACAAAACAAAUUAUACUUUGAAAAUGUUAUGCAAUUAAAAUAAACAAAAAUGCCUUUUCCUUAUGCGGAAGAAGUUAGUAUACCCCUACCUUUAUCAUCACAUAAAAUGGCUAAAAUUAGAAUCAGGUGCACCAAAACAGGUGCAAAUGAUUAGAGAAUUAUUAGAGAGAAACUGAGGAGGGUCCAGCCUUCCAUAAAGAUUAGAAACUUGGUCUGGUUUGGUCUUAACCAUAUGGGUGUGUGGUAACACAUCAUGCCAAGAUCAAAAUACCUACCCGAGGCCCUCAGAAGAAAGAUUAUUGAUGCCCAUGAGUCUGGGAGGGGUUACAAAUCAAUUUCCAAGCAAUUCGAAGUACAUCAUUCCACUAUCCGACGGCUCAUCUACAAAUGGAGAAAAUUCCAGACCACUGGCAAUCUACCUAGGACAGGUCGUCCCACCAAAUUCAGCCCAAGACCUGACUGAAAGAUGCUCAUAGAAGUCUCUAAGAACCCCAGGGUAACAUCAAGGGAUCUACAGGCCUCUCUUGCCACAAUCAAUGUCGAAGUGCAUGAGUCAACUGUCAGAAAGAGACACAAACUUGGCCUACAUGGGAGGUCAGGAAGGAAGAAGCCUCUGCUCUCAAAAAAGAAUAUCAAGACACGACUGACGUUUGCCAGACAAUACCUGGGUAAAGACAAAAACUACUGGAACAAUGUGCUCUGGACAGAUGAGUCAAAGGUGGAGUUGUUUGGCCGCAAUGCCAGACGCCAUGUUUGGCGAAAACGAAACACUGCCUUUGAACAGAAGAUCCUCAUACCAACCGUAAAGCAUGGAGGUGGUGGCAUUAUGGUUUGUGGCUGCUUUGCUGCCUCAGGGCCUGGCCAACUUGCCAUCAUUGAGUCAACCAUGAAUUCUAUAUUGUACCAGAUAAUUAUUGAGGAGAAUGUGAGGCCAUCUGUCAAAAAGCUGAAACAUGGAUCUUGCAACAGGACAAUAAUCCAAAACGCAAAAACAAAGCUACAACACAAUGGCAAAAAAAAAAGAAAUGGCAGAGUCAAAGCCCAGAUCUCAAUCCUAUCGAAAUGCUGUGGGGGGACUUGAAGUGGGCCGUGCAUGCAAGAAAGUCCUCGAACAUGACACAGUUGAAGCAGUGCUGUAAAUUCCUCCCAGUCGAUGUAAGAGACUGAUAGACAGUUACAAGAAACGUCUACAUGAAGUUAUUUCAGCCAAAGGGGGCAACACAAGCUAUUGAAGCUAGGGGUGUACUUAUUUUUUCCGCACUAUGGAAUUGCAUUUCUGUUGAUGUUUGAUGAAUAAAUUAUUACAAAGUAUAAUCCUUUAGUGUCAUUUUUUUGAUUAGGUCACCUUUAUCUGUCAAUAGUGUUGAAGUGAACAUUACAUUUCCACCUGUCCAAAUAUGUUUUUAAAAAAGACAACUUUUCAGGGGGUGUACUUACUUUUUCACAUGACUGUAUAUCGUAUCUGAACAGCACAAGACCUGCAUUGCUUGUCAUCAUCUUUGAAUAACCCAUGUGUUGUUUGUGUUUUUGCAGGAGCAGUUGGUUAGGACUAAGCUCUCUCCCAACCCCUCUGCAGUGUUUCAAAGCGGAUCCAGAAUCUUCAACAUAUGA